CAAAUUUAUUUCAAACUUUAUUUUCAUAUCCAAACCUUUUUAAGACACUGAUCGUCGACGUCGCACAGACGUUUUAGAAGAAAAUGUAAACAACAUGCAGUUUGGAACAUCGAAAACGAAAGACUAAAGUGAUUUUCAGGUCUGAAUGCAAGUACAGUUAUGGUUCAUAGUAGAUCCUCCAGUCCAGACAAUGAUAAAAGAUAUGGAAGACAUUCCCAUCAUGAAAGGGGCAGCAAAUACUCUCAAAGGGACGAGGAACGGAAUUAUAAUCGCAAGAAAUCCAGGUCUAGAUCACCUCUGAGACAGUAUGCUAGAUCUAAAAGCCCAUCUCCAAAACAUCACAUGUCAAAAUAUGGAUCACAUGAACAUUCAAGGGAGAACAUGUCAAAAUAUGGAUCACAUGAUCAUUCAAGAGAGAAUAUUUCAAAGUAUGGAUCACAUGAUAACAAAAGAGAGAAUGGUACAUCAUAUCACCACAAUAACAAAAGUUACAAUCAGCAUGGACACAGUAGUAAUCAACUUCCUGAUUUCUAUGACAGGAGAAGAUAUGAAAGAGAGAAGAUUGGAGCUGGAGGUGCUCCUGAAUGUUGGGGACACUCACCAGAACAUGCAUUACAUUCUGAAUCAGAGUCUUCAGGUGAUGGAGAAGGAUCAUCUGGAUCAGAGUCAUCAUCUUCAGGAGAUAAUAGAAAGAAACACAAAAAGUCAAAGAAAAAGAAAAGUAAACACAAAAAGCAUAAGAAAAAGAGUUCAAGGUCAAAGAAAUCUAAGAAGAAAAGUAAAAAGAAGAAAAAGAAAAAGGAUUUAACUGACAGUUCUGAAUCCGAGAGUAGUGGAGAGGAAGAAGAAGAUGGACAGGUCUUGUGGGUAGAAAAAUCUGAUGUUAAUGAUGAGGAUUCAAUAGGCCCCCAACCACAGACAGACAAAGGAGGACUACAAACUAAAGUAGAUUAUGGUAAAGCUUUGUUACCUGGAGAGGGAGCUGCAAUGGCCGCCUACAUAGCAGAAGGAAAGAGGAUUCCAAGGAGAGGAGAAAUUGGUCUUACCAGUGAUGAAAUUAAAAUAUUUGAAGAAACUGGAUAUGUGAUGAGUGGAAGCAGACAUCGGAGAAUGGAAGCUGUACGUUUACGUAAAGAAAACCAGAUUUACAGUGCUGAUGAGAAGAGAGCUUUAGCUACAUUUAAUCAUGAAGAAAGGUCAAAGAGAGAGAUAAAGAUUCUAUCCCAGUUUAAAGAAAUGGUUCAUAAAAGGACAAAGAAAGACUAAUGCAAAUAUUGAUGAUAUUGUACAUAGAUGACAUUAAAUUAAAUACAACUUUUAA